GGGAACCAUGCUGAGCGUGACCGGAUCCAUGUUUGCGUCCAGAAGAGCGUCCUCUAACGACGAAUUUUCGCGGAGAGGUACUGUAAUAAGUACGAUCGGCUUUUCUGCUCCGGCAGACAUGCAGAAGACUGUCGAAGCACCAUCCUCUGCCCUGAGCAGCCUGAAGGAAGUUCUGUGCGCACCACGGAUGUACUUUUACACUUUCAGCUUCUUCACCUCUGCCUUCUUUUUGGACUCUUAUCUCACGGUCAUGUUCGACCUCGGCGAGGAUAUUCGCAUAUCGUACAACGAGUCGGUCCUCGCCCUGUUACUCUUAUCAGCCAUGGACACCGUCGGCCGGUUAUUCGUACCUUUCUUGACUGAUUAUGGAGUCACGUCGACGGCGUCCUUGCUUACGCUCUGCUAUAUCACGCUUGCCGUCAUUUCCGCCUUGAUUCCGUGCGUCUCAGAAAGGCUCGUGUUCUUGGCCGUGUCUGCUCUUCUUGGACUGGCCGGAGGUUACGUGCUGGUUGGAACGUCCGAAACACUAUCUAAAGAACUCGGGACUAAAAACCUUCCAAUGGCCUACGGCGUCCUGGCGUUCAUCACUGCGUUGGGUGGCUUCGCUCGGCCGCCCGUGGUGGGCGCCUUCCGCGAUGGACUUGGCUCGUACGACGGCCUCUUUCAGCUCAUGGCAGGGAUUAUGCUGAUCGCGUUCCUCUUCAACGUGGGACUUUGGAUCAACGGUCGUUCUUCCGCCAAGAAAGACGUGACAAAAGCACCUGCCGUGGACAACACAAUGCUCGCCAUCUCCGAACCCCUGCCUGCGCUAGUAGAAGAGGACCAAUGCACGUCGCUUUAAUGGUUUACACUUACGCCAUGCUGCGAGCGAUGAAAUGCCUGAUUCUGCGGUGGUGUUGCCGAUGUGUACUUAGUGCGUUGCGCUCGUGCAUGUUAUGUAAUAUGGGCAACGAUGCAACACUUACCCCCGUAUUCUUAAACACGCCUUCACUUGAAGCUCCUCCUCGACUCAGCCAAGUCGAGGCGACGGGGCUUCCUUCA